UCUCUCCAGAGGACCGUUCCCCUCCUGUGUCCCGGAGAAGGAGGCAGCGCUCGGAGGCUGGGAAAUGACCCUGCUGUUUCCUUGGUCUUGCAGGCGGCUGGACUCCAACGCUUUGCUUUGUGACUGUGACCUGAUGUGGCUGGCAGAGCUGCUGAGGAAAUAUGCCGAGCAGGGCAGCAUCCAGACAGCAGCCACCUGCGAGGCACCACGGGACCUGCACGGCCGCUCCAUCGUCACCCUGACCGCCCAGGAGUUCAACUGUGAGAGGCCUCGCAUAACCUCCGAACCCCACGAUGUCGACGUCCUCUUGGGAAACACGGUUUAUUUCACCUGCAGGGCAGAAGGCAACCCAAAGCCUGCCAUUAUUUGGCUGCACAACAACAACGAGAUUGACAUGAAAGAUGACAAUCGCCUCAACCUCUUGCAAGACGGUACCUUGAUGAUCCAGAAUACCAAGGAGUCCGACAAAGGCGUCUACCAGUGCAUGGCCAAGAACAUAGCUGGGGAGGUCAAGACACAAGAAGUCGUUCUGCGCUAUUUUGGCACCCCAUACCGGGUUGUAUUAAAACUGUCUUUUGCAGAGAGGCCUCGCAUAACCUCCGAACCCCACGAUGUCGACGUCCUCUUGGGAAACACGGUUUAUUUCACCUGCAGGGCAGAAGGCAACCCAAAGCCUGCCAUUAUUUGGCUGCACAACAACAACGAGAUUGACAUGAAAGAUGACAAUCGCCUCAACCUCUUGCAAGACGGUACCUUGAUGAUCCAGAAUACCAAGGAGUCCGACAAAGGCGUCUACCAGUGCAUGGCCAAGAACAUAGCUGGGGAGGUCAAGACACAAGAAGUCGUUCUGCGCUAUUUUGGCACCCCAUCCAAGCCCACUUUUGUGAUCCAGCCGCAGAACACUGAAGUACUGAUUGGGGAAAGCGUCACCUUGGAGUGUGGGGUCUCUGGGCACCCCCACCCUCGCAUCAGCUGGACCCUUGGCACGGGCUCUCCUUUACCGCAGGAUUCCCGUUUCGCUAUCACCAGCUCUGGGGGACUCUUCAUUCAGAACGUCACCUUCUCAGACCAAGGACAAUACAACUGCAAUGCCAGCAACACUGAGGGAUCCAUCCAGGCGACAGCAAGAAUCAUAGUGCAAGAUUCUCCCAGGUUUCUUCUCACCCCCACUGACCAGACAGUGACUGAGGGACAAAGUGUGGAUUUCCCCUGCUCUGCUGAGGGUCACCCUCCUCCUGUGAUUGCCUGGACGAGGGCAGGUGGGCCACUGCCGAGUGACCGGAGGCACAGCAUCCUCUCCACGGGUACCCUGAGGGUGAUGAGGGUGGCUUUGCAUGACCAAGGCCAGUACGAAUGCCACGCCAUCAGUGCCAUCGGGGUGAGGACCCUCCCGGUACAGCUGUCGGUGACCCCACGAGUGAUACCCGUGUUCCUUCAUCCCCCCCAAGACGUGGUGGCAGAGACGGGCCAGGAUGUUGCCAUUACCUGCGCUGCCCAAGGAGAUCCACGGCCCACCAUAACCUGGGUCAAAGAGGGGAUCCAGAUCACGGAGAGCGGCAAGUUCCACAUAAGCCAAGACGGGACCCUUUCCAUUCAAGACCUCGGCGUGGCAGACCAGGGCAGAUACGAGUGCAUAGCAAGAAACCCCUUUGGCUUCACCUCCAGUGCUAUGCAGCUCACCAUCACCGCCACGGAUGUGGGUCGGAGCGGCGACACGUUUGUAGCCACGUCGCUGCGGGAAGCCAUCAGCAGCGUGGACCACGCCAUCAACUCAACACGCACCGAGCUGUUCAGCAAACGUCCCAAGACGCCCAAUGACCUGCUGGCUCUUUUCCGUUACCCCCGGGACCCCUACACCCUUGAAACAGCCAGGGCUGGUGAGAUCUUUGAGAGGACCUUGCAGCUGAUUCAGGAGCACGUGCAGCAAGGUCUGAUUGUGGAUAUGAACGUCACAGGCUAUCGGUACAACGACUUGGUGUCCCCUCACUACCUGAACAUGAUUGCCAACCUCUCAGGCUGCUCUGCCCACCGCCGCACCCCAAACUGCUCAGAUAUCUGCUUCCACAAGAAGUACAGGACCCACGAUGGCUCUUGCAACAACCUCCAGCACCCAAUGUGGGGUGCGUCGCUCACAGCCUUCCAGAGGCUCCUCAAACCCGCCUACCAGAAUGGAUUUAACCUCCCCCGGGGUUUUUCCUUGGCAGAAGAUGCCAGGGACCUGCCCCUUCCUCUACCCCGCCUUGUCUCCACUGCCAUGGUCGGGACUGAGACCAUCACCCCCGAUGACCAGUUCACGCACAUGCUCAUGCAGUGGGGCCAGUUUCUGGACCACGACAUGGACCAGACGGUGGCAGCCAUUAGCAUGUCCCGCUUCUCUGAUGGAGCACCCUGCAGCGAGGUGUGCAGCAACGACCCACCGUGCUUCUCCGUCAUGGUCCCCGCCAACGACCCCCGCGUGAGGAACGGGCGCUGCAUGUUCUUCGUCCGCUCGAGCCCCGUGUGCGGCAGCGGGAUGACCUCCCUGCUCAUGAACUCCGUCUACGCCAGGGAGCAGAUCAACCACUUGACGUCUUACAUCGAUGCCUCCAACGUUUACGGCAGCACAGAGCAGGAAUCGCAGGAGCUGCGGGAUCUGAGCAGCCAAAACGGGCUGCUGAAGCAAGGGCAAGUUGUGCCGAGCUCGGGGAAGCAUCUCCUUCCCUUUGCUGUGGGGCCACCCACUGAGUGCAUGAGAGAUGAGAACGAGAGCCCCGUGCCGUGCUUCCUGGCUGGAGACCACCGUGCCAACGAGCAGCUGGGUCUCACGGCCAUGCACACGCUUUGGUUCCGGGAGCACAACCGCAUUGCCACCGAGCUGGCGGUCCUCAACCCCCACUGGGAUGGAGGCCUCCUGUAUCACGAGGCGCGGAAGAUUGUGGGUGCCCAGAUGCAGCACAUCACCUAUGCCCAGUGGCUCCCCAAGGUCCUCGGGGAAGCUGGGAUGAAGAUGCUGGGUGAGUACAAAGGCUACAACCCCAACAUCAAUGCGGGGAUUCUCAACGCCUUUGCCACUGCUGCCUUCCGCUUCGGGCACACCUUGAUCAACCCCGUCCUGUACCGGCUGAACGAAACCUUCCAGCCCAUCCGCCAAGGCCACGUCCCCCUGCACAAAGCCUUCUUCUCCCCUUUCAGGAUCACCCAGGAGGGUGGGAUCGACCCUCUCCUCCGCGGGCUGUUUGGGGUUCCUGGGAAAAUGCGGGUCCCCUCUGAACUCCUCAACAUGGAGCUGACGGAGAAACUCUUCUCCAUGGCACACUCUGUCUCGCUGGACUUGGCUGCUAUCAACAUCCAGAGAGGGAGAGACCAUGGCAUCCCACCUUACAACGACUUCAGGGUCUUCUGCAACCUCUCAUCUGCACAGGAGUUUGAGGACCUCAGAAAUGAGAUAAAGAACUUGGAGAUCAGGGAAAAGCUCAGGAGUUUAUAUGGAACUACUAAAAAUAUUGACCUGUUCCCAGCACUGAUGGUGGAGGAUCUUGUCCCUGGCACCAGAGUUGGACCAACACUGAUGUGUCUGUUAACGACGCAGUUCAGAAGGCUGAGGGAUGGAGACAGAUUUUGGUAUGAGAAUCCCGGAGUCUUCACGCCGGCGCAGCUGACUCAGAUCAGACAGACGUCCCUUGCUCGUGUCAUCUGUGACAACAGUGACCACAUCCAGCAGCUCCAGAAAGAUGUCUUCCUGGUGGCGUCAUACCCACAGGGCAUGGUUGGCUGUGAUGAGAUUCCCACGGUGGACCUCCGUUUGUGGCAAGACUGUUGUGAGGACUGCCAGACACGUGGGCAAUUGAGGGCUCUUUCUCAGCGGUUCCGAAGCAAGAGGUCUCCUGGCUUCAGCUACCCAGAAGAAAACCCUGCCAAGCAUAAGGCUGCCUUCCCCAGAAAUGAGGCACCUUCUCCGAGCCCUUCCUCCAGAGAGAAUCUCGAGUCUCUUGUGGCUGAACUGGAGAAGACAGUUGCUUCCCUACGGAAACAGGUGAAUGCACUAGAGAGCCAGCUGAGGUGGCACCACAGGAACACCAGCACGCACGGACAGGGGAAGAAGACCGGAGAGAAAAGGAGAAAAAGAUGACCACAUUGCCUGUUCGUAUUAGGUGCCCUGUGACCUGCACUCCUGCCCUCCACCAGCCAGCCCAACCCACUCCUACAGGGCUCAGAAACAGCAGCCACGAGACCCCACGAUGCUCUGCCUCCCCUCACACCUCCUGCACCUCUCCCUGUCCCAGGACAGCUCUACUUCUGCCUGUAUCGAACCCUCUGCACUGUCCAUGAGCCCCUCAGCCCCCGGACCAUUCCCCUCUGGGGAUGGGGACAGACCCAGCAGUCUGCCAAGACACCUCUUUCUUCCAUGGUCCCCAGGAAACAGAGAGUAAUUGGAGCUGCUUUCGUGCCACCAUUCCACCCUCCUCCUCUUCCCACGCAAUGCUGUCACCAUCCACCACCCCUUGUCUGAAACAUCCCACGGGCACCCAGCUGAAACAACUCAUUAAGAGGCAAACAUUUCUCAAAUGUACUGUGGUGCCUGGAAGCAUCUGGAGAAAUCUGAAAAAAAAAAAAAAAAAUAGAAAAAAAACCAAACAAACUUUGGAACCCAAAACAACCCCCCCAGCCAUCUUCUCAUGCCAACAGAAGGAACAAGAGGAACCUCAGGGCCCUGGCAAACGCCGUUUGGGCUGGGCUCACCGUCCCUGCCAGCAAGCACGGAGGUGAAGCCAAGGCUCAGGGAAGUCUCCCGGCUGUUUGGGUGAUUUGGGAUGGGGUGCCAGACCCGGCGAUGCUGAGAUCAGCCGCUGUGCUUUGCCAAUCAUUGGGUAACGAGCAGCGUGCCCUCGGUUACACGACCCUGCGAGUGACCUACCAUUACGUGCCCGCUGCUCAAAAAACAUUUUCCUCAGCACGACUUGUAU